CUAACCUCAUUCUGUUUGUUUCUGUAGAUCAUAAGUCUGCAUGUGUAUUCUUGUUAAAAGUAGCGGGAUCUUCUUUAAUUAUCUGUGAGCAGGAUUUAAACAAGUGUAAUAAUUUUAUAUACUCUACAAAGUGCCCCAUAAUGCAAAACGACGACGUUGUUUGGAGCAUAAUAAAUAAAUCGUUUUGUUCCCACAAGGUAAACACCAAAACCCAGAGAUUUUGUAGGAAUGAAUACAAUUUGACGGGACUGUGUAGUAGGGCUUCUUGUCCCUUAGCAAAUAGUCAAUACGCCACUGUAAGGGAACAUAAUGGUAUAAUAUACCUCUACAUGAGAACCGCAGAAAGGAUUUCGUUCCCAAACAAAGCAUGGGAGAAAGUAAAACUGUCCAGAAAUUUUGACAAGGCUAUACAACAAAUAAAUGAGAAUUUACUCUAUUGGAAUGGUUUUAUCAAAGCAAAAUGUAAGCAGAGAUUCAUCAAAAUUACCCAAUAUCUUAUACGGAUGAGGAAACUGAAACUGAGAAGGCAAAAACUGCUGGUCCCUAUUCAGCAAAAGGUAGAAAGACGUGAAAGGAGAAGAGAAGAAAAGGCACUAUUAGCAGCUAAAAUUGACAAGGGUGUUGAGAAAGAAUUGUUGGAUCGUCUCAAAAAGGGUGUAUAUCAAGAUUUAUACAAUAUUCCCCAAACUGCCUUUGAUAAUGCUUUGAGGGAGAAUGAGAUAGAAUCAGAUAUAGAGGAAGGACAAAUGGAUGAAGAAACAAAUCAAGAGAUCAACAAAGAAGUAGAACUGGAACUGGAAAAUGAAGACGAAACUGAGGAAUUUGUAGAAGCUGAUUACGAUUCAGAUGAUAGUGAGAGUGGUGUUACAGAAAAUGUUGAAUUAAAUAGUGACUUUGAAUCUGAGGAUGAAAUUGAAGAUAUUCCACUUGGAAGAGGUAGAGUUGAAAUAGAAGAAGAAAUAGAAAGAGAUGAUGAAAGACAAUUAAUUGCAUAGUUCUAAAAAAAAUUAAUAAAUUAUAUAUAAAGUA